AAGCAUAUCACGGACUAUUAGGACACCUUCUACUCAGGUCACAGUAACCUACGAAUGGCAGUAAGCGCCUUACAGCUGCAUUUUGGCGUUCUUGAUGAAGAGACGGUUUCUGCGGUCCUGGAAACAUACAAAGGCGACCUGGCUGGAGCUAUGGGCGCCCUUGCCGAUAUUUCGGCCCACCGUUCCCGCAGAGGUCACGAAACGCCGCUGAGCGGGGGUAUGAAUGGCCUGAACGCACACCAGCUGCCAAUUGGAAACGCCCUGCGCGAUUUCGCAGCAGAUAUCGCCAAGGCAUGGCUUGAAGGACCGCUAACGGAAGAGGAGCGCAGCAUGACGUGCUGUGCGUCAAUGGGCGGAGACCUGCUGCUAAGGCUGCAAGACGGGCCCCGGUCAAAGGGCUCCGGCAGCUCCCGCCGAAGCCUCAGAAUGAAGGGCUGCAAGGAUGACUAACCGGCUGGGGACAAGUGAUAAAUGUCUGUCUGGGCAAUGCAUUGCGGGCCUUACCUUGUUAGGAGCAUGGAUCUACAGUCAUGGGUGCAGCACGCGAGUCGGGGUGCGGGGGUGGGUAUCGUACAUUUGCCGUACGUUGAAUCCAAGUGUUUAAAUGAUCAGCGCAUCGGGUUAUGAUGGUGUACGUUUUGGCAAGAGGCAAGCCAAGCUAACAAGACGUGAGCAAAUUCCUUAUUGCUCUGCUUGUGAUUGCAGCGAGGUUUACCCGCGUUAUAUGCAGGGGUUAGGUCUUGAUAGGUGUCCUUUUUAUAAUAUUUCGAAUGCGGUAAGCUUUUAAGGUUUUGGCUACGUCAACAGUAGCAGCAGCAGUCAUAGUCCAUUCACAUGCCCAAUUAGGUUAUAUACAUUAGACCAGCAGGCAUUUAGUAGUAAGCCCAAGCAGCUGGCUAGCUGGGUAGGCAGUUGGCUAGUUGACGCCGCCUUUCCUCGUAAGUUUGAUUUGCACCCAAUCCAUAUCCGUGUAUACCCUUAAUAGCAUGUUUUGAUUCUUCAAUGCGCAAAAGCAGCGGUAGCCAAACAGCCGGUAAUCCGCAUUUCCCUGUCGCUUUACGUUGUGCCGGUUGUGGUAUGUAUACUGGGUACCGCCCGUGUCCUUUUCGGCGAGUGGGUGGUGGGAUGUACCCUUUGCUUGUGUGUGUAAACAGUCAGUGGCAGGGCAGGUGCGCGUGCCAAGAGGUGAUGCUGACGGUGGUGCGGCUUUCUGUGUGGGUUUGGCAGCGAUGCUGGUUUGGCAACCUCCAACCGAUGAACGUGUUAUAUGUGGUGAUCACCUGUGUAGUUGAGCGGAAACAUGAGCAAACAGUUGGGAUAAGUUGGUGAUCGCCUGUGUGUGGGUACGGUAUGCCACUGUGCUGGCAUCAGGCAUCUCUGCAUUAGGAGUGCCACAAACUGUUGACCCAUGGGUCUGUUUGGUCUUCGGGGUGUGGGUGGGUAGGGUGACUAAUCGAGGAUUUGGGCGUCACGUGUUCAGGAGUACCGCUAUGAUGGCCGCUUGUAGGCGGUAACGAAUGCAACAGCAUUGCAAGCGUGAGGAAGAGUGGGUAAUGGGAAGUCGUGUCAUGAAUGCCUGUCGGCACGUACGGAGUUAUGUUGCCGUAUGGUAGUUUUCGAACGGUACGGCACGUGCCUCGGAGCAAGAGUGAGAGUGAGAGAAAGGAUGAAAUGCGAGUCAAGGCUCUCUGGGCACGUGUUGAUGGCAAGCGUGGCAACGAGUCGCAAUGGAACAUACCUUUGCCAAUAAAGCAUGAAACACUUGUCCGGGCAUAUGUCAACAACUUUCUCCUCUAAUUGU